AUGCAGCGUUGCGAGGGUGUGGUGCUACUCUUGGACGAUCAAGCGACUCCAUUCUUGCGCAUUUGGUGCUGCAACUGGACCAACAAUUUGGGCUUCGAGGAGGCCAUCGCGGUGGAGAAGCGCAACGCCAACGAGCGCCGGCUGCUGUUGGACGUCUGCGCCACCGACGCCGAUGGUGUAGCCCAUGUGAUCACCGACGGCCUGGCCGGUAUCGAGAAGGACAUGGUGCCCUUGCUUGGCUUGCAUCAUAAGACUCCUGGGCCCGAAAGAGGACAACACAAGCAGCUUGUGGAGUGGAACAUGGUGACAUUGCUCUACUUCCUGUCGCUUUUGUUGCUGGCCUCAGCCGUGCCGGCUGGGCCCUCGAAGGAGCACAGCACCUACCAAACCGUGAAUUGUGCCUUGUCCGCGCAGUUCGCACUGGCCAGCUGGUGCAACUGCAUUUUGCACGGCUGGGAUGCUGCGCCUUUAGCAAGGGCAUUGUCGGCGGAUAGCUCCAGGCGGACCAGAAACGGGUUCACUGCGCCAAGUCAGAUACUCACAGAUGGCUUCCGCAAGCCUUUUCGCACUCACUUCGCAAGUCUUUUUUUGAGGUUUUUUUUGGGGAGCCCCUUAGGCUAG